AUGGAUGGAUCAAGUUUAGGAUUAAUGGACCGGCUCUCCAGUCUUACGCAUAAGCAGCCUGUUGGAGUAUUCUUCGAAAGAGGUUGCGGUGUCGAUCUGCUUAUCAACAUAUUCUUAACACUGUUGUGUUACAUACCUGGUUUGAUUCACGCUUGUUUCAUUAUUAUCAAAUAUUGA